CUAAUCAAUCCUGUGGAGUGUAGGGUCCCUGCAGCCCCAGUUUCUCAAUCUCAGGGGCUGUAUACCAAAACCAGGUCUUGAAGUCAGAUCUGAAGUACUUUUUACAGUGUCUUGCAUAAUUUGUUAUCUGUGAGGAGGAGGUUCAGUAGUAUGGGUAGGACACAGAUAAGUUUGUUGCUAUGGCCAUAAACCCACCUUUUCUAGCAAAUUCCCUACUGCUGAUCCCAGCAGGAAUGCCCAUUGCCUGUGUGCAGUAUAUAUUCUCAUUUCACCUGCUCCCAUGUACCUUCCUCUACAGACUAAAAAGUGUCUGGUCUGUUUCUGCUUCUCUGGUCCUUGCUCUGGAACAACAUUCCUCUUAUUUCCUGGAGAGGGGAGUGGCAGAAAUAUUGACAGGGACUAAUUUUUUUCUGUGGUUUUGAAGUGUUAGUUCUCCCUUACCAGGGAGGCUGCUAGCAGUUAUUAGCCUUCCCCCAGCAGGAUUUGAGCUUUGUACACUCACAUUUGUGAGUGUGACUGUGCCGUGUGACUGUAACUGCAGAAUCAAUACUUCUGACUUUAUGUUCUCAGGUGAUCUGUUUAAACAGCAUACAUUGAAAUUGGGACAGCUUUUGUGUUUUUUCAUUGUACUUUGUCUUCCAGGAAAUUGGCACUGGAGCUAAAAAGUAAAUUUUAUGGCACAUUCAGUUGCUAUUAUGAUUGCUUGAAUGCAGCUCUUGGUUUGAUGGGAAAGAAGCAGAAAUGCCUUAUUUGCAGUAGUUACUUGAAUUUGGGAUUGAAUUAUUUUCUACUUCUGAUGCUGGUGUUUACCUUGGCACCUUUUUGGUCAGGCAGAGGAAAGCCAAGUCACUGAGUGUAAGAUGCUAUCUGCUCUGGUUUCCCCACUUAAAAGGAUGUUGAGAGAAUAAAAUUUCAAGUUAAACGGGACCUACGCUAAGGGAAGUGCUGCAUCCUUUCUACUGAUCAGUAAAGGUGUUGGGAAAUACUGGGUGUGUCUUUGAGCUCAGCCUAGUCAUCUGCACAUGGGUGGGGAGAGAAGAGGUUCCAGCUGCAGCCCAAACCAACUCUCUUUAAGCUGAGGGUGACUGGAGGCUGAUGUUUGCUUUUCUUUUGGAUGUGAAGACCAUAAGCACUACUUUAAGUGCUUUUUACAUUUAUUAAUAAUAUUGCCAGUGCUUUACAUUGCUUUUUCCCCCCUUUUCCCCAUUUGUCUCCUCCAGUUCAGUAAUGGUAGGCUCCGUGUGUUGCAGGUCACAUGGUUCCAUGACACAUGUGUGUGUGUGUAUAUAUGUGAGAUGCCUGGGGACUCUGCUCAGACUGUGCUGAGCUUCCCUCUUCAGAGCUGCUCAUCAUUUCACAGAAGUCACCUGCCACCAUGAUGCCUGGGGGCUUAUCUGACACCAAGCCAGCUACUCCAGAAGUUCAGCAGCUUGUUAACCAGGUGAAGCCACAGUUUGAAAGCCGGGCAGGCAUGAACUGUGGUGUCUUUACAGCCAUAGUAUAUAAGACUCAAGUGGUUGCUGGGACAAUGUACUUUAUUAAGGUCCAAGUUUCCAAUUCCGAAUAUGUCCACUUAAAGGUGUUUCAGAGUCUUCCUCAUGAGAACCUGGGUCCCAGCCUUGUCAGCUUUGAGACUGGCAAAACCAGAGAUGACCCUCUGACCUACUUCUAAGACACAAUGUGUUGCAGUGCCUCACCUCUGCAAAUCCUAAGGGGAUUCUGCCCAUGACAGUGAAUAAAAGAAGUUUGGAAAGCUAU